AUGUAUUCCCCUACCUGCAGAUACGUUGCCGUCGGGAAUGAGCCGUUUCUGUCGUCCCUGAAUGGCACCUUCCUGAAUGUCACGCUCCCGGCCCUGCAGAACAUCCAGAAGGCCCUUGAUGAGGCCGGCGUCGGCGACACCAUCAAGGCCACCGUGCCGCUGAACGCGGACGUGUACCAGUCCCCCAAGGACACCCCGGUGCCGUCGGCCGGGCGGUUCCGGCCGGAGAUCUCCGGCCUCAUGACGGAGAUCGUGCAGUUCCUCAACCAGAGCGGCGCGCCCUUCACCGUCAACAUCUACCCGUACCUUAGCCUCUACGGCAACGACGACUUCCCGCUCGACUUCGCCUUCUUCGACGGCGUCAGCAGCCCCGUGGUCGACGGCAACAUCCAGUACACCAACGUGUUCGACGCCAACUUCGACACGCUCGUGUCGGCGCUCACGGCGGCCGGCGUAGGCGGCCUGCCGGUGAUCGUCGGCGAGGUUGGCUGGCCGACCGACGGUGAAAAGCACGCCACGGCCGCCUACGCGCAGCGCUUCUACACGGGCCUGUUUCGGAAGCUGGCGAGCAACGCCGGCACGCCGCUGCGGCCCAACCAGUACAUCGAGAUCUACCUCUUCAGCCUCAUCGACGAGGACGUCAAGAGCGUGGAUCCGGGCUACUUCGAGCGGCACUGGGGCGUGAUGCGCUACGACGGCCAGCCCAAGUACGCCAUGGACCCGACCGGGCAGGGCCGGAACACGGCGCUGGUGGGGGCCCGGGGCGUGGAGUACCUCCCGCGGGUGUGGUGCGUGCUCAACGCCAACGCGGGGAACAUGAGCAGGCUCGCGGACAACGUGGGCUACGCGUGCUCCAACGCCGACUGCACCUCGCUCAGCCUCGGGUCGACGUGCAACGGCAUGGACCCCGCGGGGAACGCCUCCUACGCCUUCAACGCCUACUUCCAGGUGCAGGACCAGGACGAGCAGGCGUGCGGCUUUGACGGGCUCGCCGUGCGCACGCGACAGGACCCCUCCACGGGCACCUGCAACUUCACCAUACAGCUCGAGACCACCUCCGCGGCGGCGGGGCGGCCGACGGUACUCUUCACGACGGCCCUGCUGGUCUUGGUUCUUGCGGCCAUGGUGACCAUGCUCUGA